AUGGGUCAAAACCAAUCUGGAGGUGGAAGCGGUGGUGACAAAAAAGAUGACAAGGAUAAAAAGAAGAAGUAUGAACCGCCAAUUCCAACUAGAGUGGGUAAGAAAAAGCGUAAGGCGAAGGGCCCCGAUGCUGCUCUAAAGUUACCUCAAGUGACACCACACACAAGAUGUAGGCUCAAACUACUCAAACUUGAAAGAAUCAAGGAUUAUCUACUCAUGGAAGAAGAAUUCAUUCGUAAUCAAGAAAGACUAAAACCACAAGAAGAGAAAAUUGAAGAGGAAAGAUCGAAGGUUGAUGAUCUGCGAGGUACUCCGAUGUCUGUGGGUAAUCUCGAAGAGAUCAUUGAUGACAACCAUGCUAUUGUGUCCACAUCUGUGGGCAGUGAGCACUAUGUUAGCAUUCUGUCAUUUGUGGACAAGGACCAGCUUGAGCCAGGUUGCUCUGUGUUGCUGAAUCACAAGGUCCAUGCUGUAGUAGGUGUUUUAGGAGAUGAUACAGACCCAAUGGUAUCUGUUAUGAAGCUGGAAAAAGCUCCACAGGAGACUUACGCUGACAUAGGAGGUCUUGACACUCAGAUUCAAGAGAUUAAGGAAUCUGUCGAACUUCCUCUUACUCAUCCAGAAUAUUAUGAGGAGAUGGGUAUCAAACCUCCCAAAGGCGUUAUCUUAUAUGGCCCACCAGGUACAGGCAAGACUCUAUUGGCCAAGGCUGUGGCCAACCAGACUUCUGCAACUUUUUUGAGAGUUGUUGGAUCUGAGCUUAUUCAAAAAUAUUUGGGUGACGGUCCGAAACUUGUACGUGAGCUAUUCAGAGUUGCUGAAGAGCAUGCACCUUCUAUAGUAUUCAUUGAUGAGAUUGAUGCUGUAGGCACUAAACGAUAUGAUUCAAAUUCUGGUGGUGAAAGAGAAAUACAAAGAACUAUGUUGGAGUUACUUAAUCAACUAGAUGGUUUUGAUUCACGAGGAGAUGUAAAGGUUAUCAUGGCAACAAAUCGUAUAGAAACCUUAGAUCCAGCCCUCAUUCGUCCAGGACGUAUAGAUAGGAAGAUUGAGUUUCCUUUGCCUGACGAGAAAACAAAGAGGAGAAUUUUUACCAUUCACACAUCGAGAAUGACGCUUGCAGAUGAUGUCAACUUAUCAGAACUUAUUAUGUCAAAGGAUGAUCUAUCUGGUGCUGAUAUUAAGGCUAUUUGUACUGAAGCAGGUUUGAUGGCUUUGAGAGAACGCCGAAUGAAAGUCACCAAUGAGGAUUUCAAGAAGUCCAAGGAGAGUGUUUUAUAUCGAAAGAAAGAAGGCACUCCAGAAGGUCUAUAUUUAUAA